GCGCUCGCUCGCUUGCUUCGUACGCGUCCGCUCGCUUGCUUCCUGCGCAUCCGCUGACUAGGCUAGUAUCGACGUGGUGGCGCCCUCCUGCGCGCCUUCGACCUGAUUUAUACGACGGAACGCGUUCUGCUGCCCUCACUACCCUCGACGCGCGCCUACACUCUACUUCCUUAUCACCAUGACCGUCUCGCCACCCAACCUACGCAUCGCGAUCGUUGGCGGCGGCAUCGCCGGCCUCUCUCUCGUCCUCGCGCUCCAGCGCUUCUGCUCCUCCGUCCAGAACCUCGAGAUCACCGUCUAUGAAGCCGCGCCUCUCUUGGAUCAGGCGGGCGCAGGUCUCGGCAUGUACACGCGCACCCUGGGCAUCCUGCGCGAUCUCGGGCUAGAGGAAGAGCUGGCGAAGUUCGAGGCGCAGGAUAAGCAUAGUCUGGUAUGGCGAGUACGGAAGAGCGAUAUGAAGGAGGGGAAGCAUGUACACGAUAUGUAUCUCGAUGAUGGCCCCCUCAUGCUCUUCCACCGCGCGGACUUCCAGGGCAUGAUCCUCCGCCACCUCCCGCCCUCCGUCCGCGUCCACCUGUCGCACCGCCUCGUCGGCUUCACGGAGUCGCCUCGGGUGUCAUCCUCAUCAUCGUCCGCAGUGUUCUCAUCCUCAUUCUCAGCCUUAUCCCCAUUCUCAUCCUCAUCCCCAUUCUCAUCCUCAUCCGACACUGCGGGCAACUCGACCGAGAUCCGCCUCGAGUUCGAGAACGGGGCGACGGCGGUGUGCGACGUGCUCAUCGGCGCGGAUGGCCUGCGCUCGCGCGUCAGGCGCGGACUGGCGGAUCUCGCGGAGGCGGAGGUGGCGGCUGGGUCGGGGGAGGCGGCGCAGUCAGGGAUGGCGAGGGCGGAUAGCGGAGCAGCUCACCCUACAGAGACAACCGCGAAAGCAUCGACGAACACGCUGAAAGCAUCAACGAACCCGCCGAAAGCACACAACCAGCCGCCGACGUUCCACUCCGCCGCGCUCUUCGCUGCGCGCGCGGAGCCCGUGUGGACGGGGACGUACGUGUUCCGCGGGCUGGUCGAGACGGCGAAGCUCGCCGAGCGCUGGCCGGGGCAUCCGGCGCUGACUGUGCCACUCCAGUAUGUCGGGAAGGAUAGGCACGUCACCAGCUACCCCAUCGCGCAGGGCAAGUACAUCAACGUCGUCCCGAACAUCACCAACUUCGCGCGCUCGGGGAUCCGGAUGAGUCCUGAGGAGGCGGCGACGGCGAAGGCAACGACGGAGGAGGUCCUCAAGGAGUUCGAGGACUGGGAGGACGAGGUGAAGGUGUUGAUCGAGCUCAUGGAGGUCCUCGGCCGAUGGCCCAUCCAGACCCUCGACUCGCUGCCAACGUAUACCGCAGGCAAAGUCAUCCUGCUCGGUGACGCGGCCCACGCGAUGUCCCAACACCUCGGCGCCGGCGCAGGGCAGGGCAUCGAGGACGCAUACGUGCUCGGCAAGUGCUUCGCCAAGGCCUUCGCCGAGGGCCACGCCGACCCCGUCCCCCGCGUCGCUGCGCUCUAUAACGCCCUCCGCCUGCCCAUCGGGAAUCACGUCCAAGAGCGCUCGAUGCUCAUGGGGCGCGUCUACACCUUCGACUUGGACCUGAUCUACGAGGACAGGCGGCUGAACGGUCGCGAGUCAGCGAACGGUCGCGAGUCGCCGGACGCCCCCGCGCCGGAGGUCACCAUCGCGCACGACAACGAGGCCGCAGCGAAUCGGGAGUGGGAGCGCCGCCUGAGCGCCCGCGCGAAGAAGGCGUUCGCGCUACCCGCGAGCUGGGCGGCGAUGGACGAUACGGCGCGCAUGUCGUGGCUGACGGUCGACAGCUACAACUGGCAGAACAGCGCAUUUAUAAGGGAGCGCGACGCGGAGACAGCGCGAGUGCUGGGGAUGUGAGCUUUGGUUUGUGAGACUCAUUAUCGUCGCCGUGAAUGCCAGCGAUCAGGCAGAGGUACUCAGCUCCUUGUAGUAUUUAUCGAUUAGACCCUUGUUAUCCCGCUGUGCUAUAGAUGGCAGAUAUAUAUUCU